GUGUGGGCCCAGGUCGAGGAGCACGGUACAGUUGAACAGCUUGGCCCAUUGAUUCACUGCAAAAGCUCGGUGGGGCGUUUGGCUGGCUGGUCGCAUAGCAAUGCAUCUGGACACUGAGCGCUGAGCAUCGAGCACCGAACCGAGCACCACCCCGACGACGCCAGCACCCCCCCAACACCACUCACACCUCAGCAAGAUGGCCCCGGGCAUGUCACUGGUGUCGGUGAACGCCAUCAUCAUCCUCAGCACCGACGACGCCUCGAGAAUAUUCGCAAAAUACUACACCGCACCCCACCAUGCCGCCCCCGGCGCCGGCCAGGCCGCUUCCGCGACCGCCCCUCCCAACCCGUACGCCGACGUGAAGGCGCAAAAGUCGUUCGAGAAGGGCCUGCUGGACAAGACGGCCAAGCAGACGGGCGACAUCAUCCUGUACGACAACCGCAUCGUGCUGUACAAGAUGGAGUCGGACGUCAUGAUGUAUGUCGUCGGCGGCGUCGACGAGAACGAGGUGCUGCUGUACAACGUCAUCCUGGCCCUGCGCGACUCACUACACCUGCUGUUCAAGCAAUCGGUCGACAAGCGCACCAUCAUCGAGAACUACGACCUGGUCUCGCUUGCUAUCGACGAGAUCGUCGACGACGGCAUCAUCCUCGAGACGGACCCGACCAUCGUGGUCCAGAGGGUCAGCAAGGCGCCGACGCAGGACUCGGUCAACCUGAGCCGCAUCGACCCCUUCAGCGAGCAGGGCGUCAACAACCUCGCCCAGUUCGGCAAGGCAAAGCUAACGGACUGGCUGAGGCAAGGGCUCUGAUUUAUCUUUGUGUUGAUGCUUUUGUUUCCAGCUUCUGGCGCAACUUCUCCUGUCCUCGUCUUCUUUGUGAUAAAAUGCAGUAUCGGAUAUCGCCAAAAAGGAAAAGACUGGGAGUUGGGGUCAUUGGGCGGCGGUGGUGAAGAUAAUUGCCAAUAUCCAUGAUGGUUUCCUGUUCUACCAUUUCGCUAUGCCUUGUGCGCCUUGUAUCGUCUAGUGCCGUGAACGCCCUCUUGGAAAGAAAAGUACAGCUAGCCCAG